GUGUUCGAUCUACAGCUGCUAGGUUUUUUUUUAUUCUCUCUCUUCUUUUGGAGAUUUCUGCUGCAGUAACUCGGAUUUGAUAACUCUAUAUGCCGUGAUGGGUGGCCAAUAUGUUUCAAAUAAUGUUAAGACCUCACUUGGUCCCGUCGGACUCGAUCGGAUGCUUACCAAGGAUAUUAUUGGUGAUAUAGACGCUGCUACUGUUCUUAGGAUGUUGAGGAGGUGGGGGGUCAAACAACCAGCUACCAAUGUAUUUGAUAUAACAAGAAAUCCCGUGACAGCUUGCCAGGCUGCUUCAAAAAAUAUUAAGACCUCACUUGGUCCCGUCGGACUCGAUCGGAUGCUUACCAAUGAUAUUAUUGGUGAUAUGACCAUUACAACGGACGCUGCUACUAUUCUUAGGAUGUUGAGGAGGUGGGGGGUCAAACACCAAGCUACCAAGAAUAGACCAGAGAAAGGAUGCGAGGACAAGUGUCUAUCUAAAUUGAAAAGACUCAAGAAUAGACUCAAUAGUCGUAGAUUUACUCAAAAGUAUUAGUUGAUUCAUUUUGUCACAUCUUCUUCAUUUUUUGGGGGUUUUGGAUACGGAGUUCAGUCUAAUUUAGAACAGAUGAAUGAAGUUUUCAUAUCUAAUGCCUGAGAUGCUUUUUUUCAUAUCUAAUGCUUGAGAUGCUUUUUUUCUAUACUCGUUUGAGUGUGCAUUUUUUAACAUCUAAAGAGUGUAGUAUGUAUGACCUAUUAAUAAUGGAUUUGUAGAGACCCUCAAGCA